UUAGAAAAAUGGCAGCAAUCUAUAACAAUUCUGCUUUCAUACGUUCAUACCAGCAGCGCUCUCAUCUAACAGAUAAAAAAGAAGUCAGAUCUGCUAAAUGGAGUAAAGUUCUUCUGAUAGUUGUUGGUGUUUCUCUUGUUUUUGCUCUGGGUGUCAUCUGUGCUCUUGGUUUACUCUAUGCGGGUAAAUUCAGACUGUGUGACAUUCAGCAGCACAAUGAUACAAACCUAUCAACAGAUCAAGUGCAGAAGUCUUGUAUAUCAGCCAAUGAGAUGGAGCUUUUAGGCAAAUACAACAAAGUUAAAGACUGUCUGUACUCAUGUACUGAGUUCAGUGCUUCAUCUUGUAAGCUUUGUGAAGAGGGCUGGACAUCAUACGGUGGAAAGUGUUAUUUCUUCUCUUCUGAAACACAGACAUGGUUUAAGGCUCGUGAUUUAUGUGCUGCAUCAAAAGCUCAUCUGGUCACCAUCAACAGCAAAGCUGUACAAGAUUUCCUGGCGUCUAAAAUCAAAGAGACUCACUGGAUCGGUCUUAAUGAUGUGGACACUGAGGGCCGAUGGGUUUGGGUGAAUAACCAAACUCUUAAUGAAACUGGUGUAAAGUUCUGGUUUAUAAAGGAAAAUGGGAGCGAGCCGGAUAAUUCGGGCAACGAGGACUGUGCUUGUCUGGGAUAUCUGAAUUUAUAUCUGAAGUCUUGGUUUGAUGCAUCUUGUGAAACCAAGAAGAUGUUCAUCUGUGAAAAUAAAUAUUCAUUGACGCUGUAGUGAUGACUACUGUACUGAAAGAAACCCACUGCAUCACAUAGUUUCUUAUUUCUCAUUUAAAAUAAAUGAUCUAAUACAAUCUUAUGUGCUUGAAACCGUUUUGGAUUUACUGGCUUUGUUCUCUAAAUAUGUGCUGAGUCUUUCUAAUAAUUGUUUUCCAUUAACAAUUGUUCCUUUUUAAAGCUUUCCUAGUGAUUUGGGAAUGCCUUUGCAUGAUUACGUCUGCCCCCAUAGUGACAAAUCUAUGAUAUGAUGGAAAUGGAAUGGAGUAAUUUAUGCUUCA